GCACACGUCCACUUUUACAUCGAUUUAUCAAAACGCGACGAAGACACUUUUUCCGUGCUCGUGGCCGCGUGUGCGCGCGCGGUCUGGUUGAUUAUGCGCGUUUGGUAUUUGCGCAACAACACAAUCCCAUUUCUUGUCAAGCGACAGGCUGUCUAGACGCCCAUGUGACCGGGCGCGUCAAUGCGCACUGUGGAGCGGACACACGCGCACGCGCACACACCACAUGCAACCAAUCCGCGUCACACGCGCGCGCGCGCACACACACGUACACUCCUGGAGGGAGCACACGCACUCUCACACGCGUCUGCUUGCUUGGGUGCCACACACAGACUCUCCGUGUGCGUGGAGAGAAAGGCUUGCAGGAUUUCCACGCUGAAGGAUAUCACGGAGCUUAAAAAAGAAGAAAAAAGAAGAAAAGCACGAGCCUGCUGUUUUUGGGAUUCUUAGUGGUCGUGGAUUAAAAGCUGUUUCAGGCCCGUUAUGGCCCCUUCACAUCACGCUGCUUUGUUGUAGCGCGACCGAAGCGCCCUCGAUGUUCGCGGGGAGCCACUAAAAGCGAGCGAGCGAGCACCGGCGGCGGCCCAGCGCCUGGCCGGGCUCCGAGCUCCCGUCUCCGGCGUCGCGCUGCUGCAGCCCCGCCGCUGCGCUCCUCCGGCUCGCCGCCUCUCCGCCGCCGCCUUCCUCAUCCCCUCCUCCGCCUCCUCCUCCAGAUUCGGACCCGGCAAUCUUCAUGGUUUGCGGACACCAUGCCCGUUGUUUAGCCGGGGAACCCUCAUCUCGUCCCGCAUGUUCAGGACCAAACGAUCGGGGCUCGUCCGGCGACUGUGGCGGAGCCGCGCGCCAGUGGAGGGCGACGGGGAGGCGGACAGAGGGACGCAUGGCCCCGGGGGCUGCUGCAUGGGCAAAGCGGCCAAGGUGGCGGCCAAGUCCCACGGCGGGUCGGAGGCUGAAUUGAAGGCGCUCACCCACUCCGUGCUCAAGAAGAUUAAAGAGAAACAAUUGGAGGUGCUUCUGCAGGCGGUGGAAUCCAAGGGGGGCGCCCGCAGCCCCUGCUUGCUGCUGCCGGGCAAAGUGGACGCCAAAGUGGGUCAAGUGUCUUACUCCCUCCCCAUGCUGCUCUACAAGGUGUUUAGGUGGCCCGACCUCAGGCAUUCCUCGGAGCUCAAGAGGCUGUCGUGCUGUGAAUCCUACGGGAAAGUCAACCCGGACCUCGUCUGCUGCAACCCGCACCACAUGAGCCGCCUCUGUGAACUCGAGUCUCCUCCUCCUCCCUAUUCCCGCUAUCCCAUGGAUUAUCUUAAACCACCAGAUUCUCCGGACUCAGGACCCUCAUCCAGUGAGACCGGGGGAACAACCUAUUCGGCCCCUGUGGGGCUUUCGGAUUCCCUGGCCAUACAGGAGUCGGGCGAGCGGUCCCACUGGUGCGUGGUGGCCUACUGGGAGGAGAAGACCCGCGUAGGGCGCCUCUACUCGGUCCAGGAGUCCUCCUUGGACAUCUUCUACGAUCUACCUCAGGGCAACGGCUUCUGCCUGGGCCAGCUCUGCUCGGACAACAAGUCGCAGCUGGUGCAGAUGGUGCGCGCCAAGAUCGGCUAUGGUAUCCAGCUGACGCGGGAGCCCGACGGCGUGUGGGUGUACAACCGAAGCUGCUACCCCAUCUUCAUCAAGUCGGCCACACUGGACAACCCGGACUCGCGCACGCUGCUGGUGCACAAGGUGUUUCCCGGGUUCUCCAUCAAGGCGUUCGACUACGACAAGGCCAGCAGCCUGCGGAGGCCCAAUGACCACGAGUUCACGCAGCAGCCGCGCACGGGCUUCACGGUGCAGAUCAGCUUCGUGAAGGGUUGGGGACAGUGCUACACGCGACAAUUCAUCAGCAGCUGCCCCUGUUGGCUGGAGGUCAUCUUCAACACUCGAUAGCAGCGGCCUCCCCUGCCCCGCCCCCUUCCUCCUCAGACACUAUCCCCACCCUCAUCCUCCUUUUUUUGUUAAGGUUAAAAACAGAGAAAGUUAACGAAGAAGAAACACAAGACCUUCUUCGCAAAAAGUGACUCGAGUUAAGGAAAAUUAGAGGCGAGAAAUGUAUUUUAUGUUAUAUAUAAAUAUAUUAUUAAUUGUAAAUAUGAAGAUGUUUUAUAUGCAUCAUUAUUUAUGUAUUGUGCAAUGUGUUGAUGAGGAAAAAAUAAACUAAGAUGCACUUUGCUUAAUAUAAAUGCAAAACAAAGAAAUGCCAAAAUAAUAAAAAAAUAAUAAUACA